AUGCCGCCACCACCUCCACCACCACCACCAUAUGGGUAUUACGGUCGCCCUCAUCACCACAAUCGUCGUCCAGGUAUUGAAAUUGACAUUUUUCCCGGAUGGCGUGGGGGCAUCUACGGACCACCUCCACCACCACCACCACCACCGCCUCGCACAGAGAUCGUAGUUGUAACGCCAGGUAAUGCGGCCGCUGGCUAUGCCACACCAGCUGCCACUUAUAUACCGCCACAAGGACAAUACUACGACAACAAUUAUAGUAAUGGUGCUUACGCAUAUCCGCAACACUACAAUAAUCCGCAAUAUCCUGGCUGGUAG